AUGAAGAAGCUCUACCAUAAAGGGACGGUUCACCCGUCUCCACCUCUCAUCUCCGACCACCUCGCUUUCCUCCCAGCUGCCAUCCUCACCCUCGCUGCCGCCCUCUCACCCGAUGACAGAGAGGUUCUCUCCUAUCUCAUCUCCUCCUCCUCCGCCUCCACUUUCUCCGCCAACCCCCGCCGGAAAUCCGCCGCUGAAACCGCCCAUUCCCCUGCCUUCAGCUGCAGCUGCUUCGGCUGCUACACCAGUUACUGGGUUAGAUGGGACGAGUCGCCGAAUCGCCAGCUCAUACAUGAGAUCAUCGACGCUUACGAGGAUUCGUUGGCUCAGAUUGGAAAAAAGGGUAAGAAGAACGGUAAGGGGAAGAAGGAGAAGAGGAACCACAAAAAAACGUGCAGCAGUAGUAAGCACGCGCAUUCGAGCGAGUUGAAGCGGUCCGAGGUGGCGAGUUCACCGAGUCGAGACUCGUCCGAGUUGGAAGCGGUGGUGGAGGGUAACGUUAUUACCGGUAGUGGCGGUGGUGAAGGUUGUGAAGGGGGUGCGGUUGAAGAGAAAGGAUCAGUAAGAAGGUUUGUAAGUUUCAUUGGAGAAAGGAUUUGGGGCCCGUGGGGACAGUGA